UGUACUGAGAUGUCAUCAUUUUUUAGAAAAAGUGCAGAAGCAUCUAAUUUUUGUAAACUAGGAAUAUGAGUAUUGUUAUGAUCCUCUAAAAUCCAUGCAUUGCCUUGCAGAAAAUCCUGACCUGUUGGCUGAUUACAUUGGCACACACAGUACAAGUAAUGAAACUGACUGCACAAAAUAAAGAAAAUUGGGAACCAGCUCUCUGAUGUUUUCCAGUUCCUGGAGGCUGAUCUGUUUUCUUGCCCCUCUGUAAUGAAGGAUUGGAACCCACAUGACAAAUGAGUAAAAUCCUCCAGUCUCAUGGGGGAGUCUGAAAAGAUGCAACGAAGACGGACUUUGAAGUCCUCAGAGCAGACUCUGCAAGUUCACCAUAAAAGUCAAACUGAUCUCUCAGCGUGGAGAAAAGGAGGGAGGACUGAUUUGGAAAAAAGUGCCCAGGAUCAUCAGUCUUGUAAUGAUCAGGAAAAUGAAAGUAACCCAGACUCCCUUGAGCAAGCCUUGAGCUACUUUGAGAAAGUUCAAGACAAUGUUUCCCUGAAGAAGAACAGUGUUCUGCAAAAACACUUGGCUGCUGUGGAAAGCAUUGCCCAGCAAAGAGGGUUACCCCCUGAAGGAUUUGAUGUCUUGCUAAACGUGGCACUUAGUGGCAAAUUUGCUGAUACAGUAAAUACUCGUUUGCUGAAGAGCCUGAUUCCAGCCUCAGUAAUACCAGAGAGUUCUGUGGUUUCUUCUGUGUCUUGGCUCUGUGCCAGCAAGUGCUCAGGCAACACUCAGCUGCUUUUUGUAAGAUGGCUGAUCACAAUGUUUGACUUCAUUGAUCACAAGGAACAAAUUCAUGCCCUCUAUGGUUUCUUCUUUUUCUUCCUGCAAGAUGAGAAGAUGUGCCCCUACGUCUGCCACGUGCUCUACCUGCUGACCAGGAAAGAAAAUGUCAAGCCUUUUCGGAUCAGGAGACUGCUUGACCUCCAAGCAAAAAUGGGAAUGCAGCCUCAUCUUCAGGCUCUAUUAUCACUUUACAAAACCUUUUGUCCUGAGCUAGUGACCAUAAAUCUUUCUAGGAAGACAAAGACUUAUUUCAAGAAUGCAGAGGGCCCAUGGAAAGCAGCACUCAACACAGUAAGACGAAGAAACCAGGGGAACACCCCAGUGUCCCAGCUGCUGUUUUUAGGCACAGCUCAACCUCAGUCACGAAAAAGGAAAUGGAAUACCCAGCUGGUUAUACCUGCAUGCAGCACAAACAAAAAUAAUUUAGAAGAGGACAACGCACAGAAGAGUGUUGAUUUGUACAGCAGGAAUGAGUCUUUCCCAGUGGAGCAGCUGCAGACCUUUUCUCAGCUCCUACAAUAUAUCCACCAUCUAGAGUUUCCUUCCCAGAUGGGUUCAGUGCUAACAAACCCUUUAUUGCUUCACUACAUGAAUUGUGUCAAAGAUGAAUCUAUUUACCUGAGGCUCUACUAUUGGAUGGGCCAGACUCUUCAGGAAGAAUGUACCUGGUGUGUGGCUGAGAAUAGCAGAUACGAAGAAGAAUUCAAGGACUUCCUUGAAACUGCCUACAAGACAGAGUGUUUCUUGCAGGAGGGGUUUUCUUCCUGUGAAGAGUUCCUGUAUAGGAGCCUUCCUCUCUGGGAUGGCUCCUGCUGCCAAUCCCAGAUCCUCAGACUUGUGAGUUGGAUCCCUCUCAGCAGCUUCUCUGAAAUGAAGUCGCAACUCUACGAUCCCCUGGCACAGCUGUUUUUCACAUCAUCCCUUUUCUUUAAGUGCAGUGUUCUUGAGAGCCUGAAGGAGCUGCUGCAGAACUGGUUACGUUGGCACGUGGUUCAUCUGGAUUCAGAGUCUGACUCUGAAGUCUGUUCUUUGAACACCACCCUUUCUGAACAGGUGAACAUGGUGGCUGAACUGAUCCACUUUGUUGGGUGGAUCUCCACUGCUGCCUUGCGUUUGGAAAACGAUCGCAGUUUCUUGCUGUACUUCAUCCUGGAUUUCUAUGAGACCGUUUGUGACAUGUAUCUGGGGUACAACCUGCCUCUGUUGAUAAUGCCACCUGCUGGAGUUUUCUACCCAGCACUUCUCAGCAUGGAUUCUGUCAGCCUGAACCAGCUCUGCUACAUCAUGUACAGGUAUCGAGCCAACUUGGUGGCUGCCAAAGAAAAUGAGCGGAGUAAAAAGAAAAUACUGCAAUUCAAGUUCAGUAGCCAGACAUACAAAGAGUACAACCAGUACAUAACAGCCAUGGUGGGUUGUCUGUGGACAUCCAGUGCAUUCCAAAAUGAUAUUCAUCCUCAAGGCCUUCGUAUGGAUGAUGAACUGCUGAAGAAAACUGCAGUGAAGGAUUUCAAAACCAGCUUUAACAUUGUCAACCACCCAGCCAUGAUGGGCUAUGCUGCCCUCUUCCUGCAGCAGGCUUGGCCAGAAGAUACCACCUUCAACUUCAGUUUAAUUAAGGGAAGAAAGUGGAACUGGUAUCUGGAAUAUCUCUACACACAAGGUUUAAAGGGCCUCAAGGUCUUUAUUGAAAGCAGCAUCAAUCGUGUUUCCCAGGCCUCCCACAAUAAAGCAGGAGAUGUGCAGGGGUGACCCUGGGACUCACUGGAGCCUUUUUAUCAUCUGGAACAGGAAAGAAGAAUAGAAUAGACUGUGUCACUAAUUCUUCCUUCCUGAGAGGAAAGAAACAGAGCAAUUCUCCAUGUCUGCAUUUUUGUACUGAUGUCUGUUUUAGGAAAGUGAAGACACAGAAGGAAUGCUGAGGCUGGCUUGGGUCACUAACACUGAACCCCCUCUUGUCCCUGCUGAACUUCUCCGCUCUGAAGCUGCUGAGCUCAUGUGUUCUGUACCAUCCACAUUUUUUCAUCCUUGUUUUUCUCUGCUGGAGUAUCUGCUUGGUUGGAGAAACAAACAUUUUCCAUCUCAACACUGCAGUGAGCAGUCCUGCUUUGUUUGUCAGGGAUGUUGAUCCCUGACCUGCUUUGCCUUCCUGGGCAGCAGGUAAUGGGAAUCAAUGUACUCAGCCUGUCAGGGAAGCUGCAGAGGGGCUGGGUUAGAGCACAACAAGUUUCCUACCUCCUUCUUGUACCCUCUAUAGACUGGCUUGUAGCAGGCUGACCAAACUGUUCUUCCUGAACUUCAUUUUCAUGAUGAAGCUUCCAAAAGAGACUUGUUGCUAACAUUGCUUAUAUCAUUCUUCUCAUGCAGCUGGAAAAUUUGGUGCUCAGUUGAUGGUUUAUUGAUGAGUUAAGCUCUUGAACAAUGUUGCCACCAGCUCACCAUUUCCUAUUGAAAAGUGCAAAGGUAGCUUUCCUUCUUGUGUUUUUAGCUCUGUAUGUGUUGUAUAUUGUACAUAUAUAUAAUUUAUAUCCUGUAAAACAUUUCCAACCUGCCAUUUUGAGGAAACUGCUACAAAAUGUAUUUUCUCCUGUCAUUUCAUUUUAACACUGAGUAGAAGUUGGGAAAAGCUGAACUCAGGUCUCAAAAAGUGGAGUGACCUUUGUUUUUCACUGUUCUAAAAUGAGGUUGUGACCACUUGAAAGGUGAGACAGAAUAUACUGAAUUUUGCAUUGUGAAUCUGUACUUUGAUCCAGUAGAGGAAUCAGUCCUGAGAGUGACUCCAGAGCCACAAAGGGUGUGUUUGGUUUCUUCAUCCUCUCGCAGUUAGGUUGGCUCUAGGCUAAGUACCACACUUCUCAGCUCAAGUAGAUGAUCUGGUUAAUGUGUGUAUAUAUAUUUAUAUGUGUAUAUAUUCUCUUCAGAGAAUAAAAAAAUACUUCACUGAAGACUAUGAAA